AUGUGGCUGAACUUGCCGUUAUAUCCUUGUUGUUGUUUAUACGAGUUCUGUUGUUUGUUUGAUUUUGAUUUAUCCACUCUUGAAAGCUUUGGAUUGGCAUUUUGCAAACUUGUCAAACAGCUACUUCUCUGGAGGAGAAACUACCAUUACUUGAGUAGUUGUGACGAGAAGAUAGUUAUGAACGAUUAUAAUUCCGAUGCCAGUAGGUGGGGUCUUCGUUUUUUCAAUGGGGACUCAUCCUAUAGUACCGAGUACUUUCAUGACAUGGCACAACAUGAUGUUAAUUUCUAUGACUAUUAUCAUGGAAAUCGUUGCAAUAAUGAAGUUAACCACGUGGAGAACGAUGAGAUUAUUGCACACACUCUUCAGGAGGAGUUUACCCAAUUAGAAAUCGCAGAGGCCUCGGGCUGUUCAAAUGCAGAAGAGCCCUGCCAAACAUCUAAUUUUGCGCUGGGUUGGAACAAUCUGUCCUCAAGAAACUACAGUUCAGAAAAUGAUUCGGUUGAAGAUGAAGUUGAAACUAUGGAGCCUUCUAGUUCAUGUUCUAGUCCAGGUCAUGAAGAUAAUUACUGUCCUUACGGGCAUGAGAAUCAAGUAGAUUGGAAAAUGGAUCAAAUGAUUCCAGCGCCUCAUGUCCCAAGAACUAAUGGUGAGAUUCCUCCAAUUGAUGAAGUAACUUCAGAUCAUCAAAGGUUGCUGGAUAGGUUGAAGGUAUUUGAUUUUGUUGAACGCAAGGUUAAAGGGGAUGGUAAUUCUCAGUUCCGUGCCUUAUCAGAUCAACUAUUUGGAACAUCUGAACGCCACAAGUUGGUGAGAGAAAAUGUUGUGAAUCAGCUCAAGUCACACCGGGAGAUUUAUGAGGGAUAUGUUCCCAUGGGAUACGAUGAUUAUUUGGAAAAGAUGUCCGUGAGUGGUGAAUGGGGUGAUCAUGUAACACUACAGGAAGCUGCAGAUUGGUAUGGCGUUAAGAUAUUCGUUAUGGCUUCUUUCAAGGAAACUUGUAUAGAGAUCAUCCCUAAUUUCCAGAAGAAAAAACAAGUCAUUUUCCUGAGCUUUUGGGCAGAGGUGCAUUACAAUUCAAUCUAUCCUCAACGGGAUGCAGCUGUGCAAUCAAAUGACUAUAGAAAGAGGAGAAGAUGGUGGAUUUUUGGAUCCAAGCAUUGAAACUCUAAGCAAAAGGAAUGUUCCUGAACUGUCCCCAUUUCAUGCCCCACUGAGAAUAUGAUGUAAGACCAGGUGGACAAUGGUGGGUCCAUUCAAUCAGUUUAGCCAGAGAAGAUAUUUAAAUUUAAAUAAAAAGAAAAAAAAAA